AUGAUACGGUUGUGUUUAAACAUUUGGAGCGUCUUCAGAUUCACUAAAAAACAGCAACAAAGUGAAAUAGAGUCGGCUCUGGAGGAAAUGUUUGGUUUACCAUCAGAUCCAGACCAGUCCGAAGACGAUGAAGAAUCGGAUGAGGAUAAUGUUUUACAAUAUCAUACUGCGAAACUGCAGCGGAUUUUAGAGGAUUUAGAUGAACCAGGAUUGCGAUCUUUAGAUAUAAUAACGGCUUCUCCUAAGCCUUCCACGUCGAGUGAUGAACCGGACCCGCGAUGUUUUUUUAAACUGCAAGGAGACAGGGAAGUGGAUAUGAGAUGGGUAGGAAAGUGGACGAGAAAUAGGACAGAGGAUGAAAAGAGUCAGGAUCAUGGAGAUAGUGGAUCAGAGUCAGAAGUAGAGUCGGAAACAAAUGCUUCUGACGAAGAUGAAGAUACAUGGAACAAAAAAUUAUGGACUGACUAG